CCUCCUCCUCCACCCGAACGACUAAUAACUUCUAUCGUUGCAUUACGUCCUGGGUUGCCCGCUGCAUAGAGCCGAUGCCCUCCUGCCCUGUCCUGCCCUGCGGCUAGGCUGUGCCGACGUCGUCGCUUCAUCGAGCUAGCGAGCAAGCAAACAGGACCCCCGUGGCCCCCGUCCGCCGCCCCGUUCUGUACCGUGCCAUUCAGAGCUCGGCUUUUGGUCAGCCCUGUCAAGCUGCUGUCUGUCGGUCGACCGUCGUUUUUAAGAGAUUGCCUCCCCACGGCCAUUGCGUAGCGGACCCUUUUGUCCUCUCUCUUUCCCAGUGCUGGCCAUCUCGACGUUACCAUCAGCAGAGAUCCAGUGGAAAAUUGCUUGCUAGACACAACUCCCUCACAAUGUGGCCCUCUACCAUUGCCCUCACCCUGGCCGUCUCGACCGUGCUGGUCGAGGCUGGCUCUCUCCAGGAUAUCAAGCACAUUGUGCUAUUCAUGCAGGAGAACCGCUCCUUUGACCAUUACUUUGGUACCAUGAAGGGUGUCCGCAACUUUGCCGACCCCAAUGUCCGUGUCAACGGCAAGCAGACCGUCUUUGAGCAAAACAUUGGCUCCACCAAGAACGGUGUCAGCACAUUGAAGCCUUGGUACAUUAACUACCUUGGCGACAAGUCCGCCAACAAGGUGCAGUGCAUCGGCGGCGGCUCCAACGGCUGGGACGCCAUGCACGGCUCGUGGAACAAUGGCAAGGGCGACGGCUGGGCCAUCAACGACAGCCCCAACUCCAUGGCCUACUUCAAGCGCAAGGACAUUCCCACCCACUGGGAUAUCGCCGAAGGCUGGACCAUUGCCGACAUGUCGCACCAGAGUGUGCUCGGCGCCACAGACCCCAACCGUAUCAUGUGGAUGAGCGGCUCGCUCAACAUCCCCGGAUCGCCCACCAACCCCGACGGCUCGGGCGGCAUGAUUCUCGACAACAACGCCUCUCCCGGCUGCGAGUCGCCCGGCCUCAACUGCUUCCCCUUUACAUGGAAGUCGUUCCCCGAGUACCUCGAGGACGCCGGCGUGUCGUGGCAGGUGUGGCAAGACAUGGACAACUUUGAGGACAACAUGCUGGCCUACUUUAAGCAGUACCAGGACGCCCCCAAGGGCUCUGCUCUACGCGAAAAGGGUAACUCUUACCCCACGCUCGACAAGUUCUACGCUGCCGCUGCUGCCGGCACGCUUCCCCAGGUCAGCUACAUUGUUGGCCCCCAGGAGUUGUCCGAGCACCCUCCCAACAUGCCCGUUGACGGCUCCUGGCUGCAGAAGAAGGUUGUGGAUGCCGUCUCCAAGAGCCCCGCCUUUAACGAGACGGUGCUCAUCAUCAGCUACGACGAGCAGGGUGGCUGGUACGACCACGUUGUUCCCGAGGUUGCUCCCAAGGGCACCGCUGGUGAAUGGUUCCAGGACCCUUACAACAAGACCAACGGCCAGAUCCCCAUGGGCCCUGGUCCCCGUGAGGCUCGCUUCAUUGUCUCUCCCUGGACCCGCGGCGGCAACGUCUUCACCGAGCCCGCCGACCACACCUCUGACAUCCAGUUUGUCGAGGCAUGGGCCCAGGCCAACGGCUACGAUGUGCACACACCCGCCAUUACCGAGUGGCGCCGCCAGCAUAUGUCCAACUUGGUCAACGCGUUUGACUUCUCCAAGAAUGACAUCUCGCUCCCCAAGAUUGCCGAUGUCCGCACCCCCGAGAGCCGCCCCGACAACAACUACUCUGGUAACCUGACCCUCGGCUCGCUCAGCGGCCCAUGGGUCGGCCCCUCCAAGUGCAUCUACAACGACAAGAACCCUGUCCCCCAGCCUCCCUUUGGCAAGGACAAUGUCAACCAGGACCUCAGCAAGCUUGUUGAGGAGGGCUUCAAGAACGUGCGUGGCCGGCUCACCGAGGGCCGCUACCUUGUUCUGGAGAAGAAUGGCCUCGCUCUGGCAAACGUUUUCGGCGAGCUUGUCAACUUUUCGCUUGCCACCAAGGACCACAAAGACAUUCAGCAGCGCUGGAUCCUGCACAGCGUCGACGGCUCGCACUACAGCAACAACUUCUUCAUGCAGUCUGCCGCUGACAAGAAGUACAUUACCCCCGAAGGCGGUCUUGACGUGGACGUUUCCAACGCCCAGGUCUUUAGCUUUGACUACUCGCCCAACGGCUCGCAUUACAACAUGCACGGCAGCGAGUCGGCUGGCGAUGACCGCAAGGCCAAGAAGGGCAAGAAGGGCAAGGUUGUGUCUACUGUCGACUGGACUGGCAAUGUUGGCGAUUUCAAGAUUUACGCCGUCUCGUACCACUCGUAGAGUCUCUACAGAGGGGAGAUGGUAAGGGAAUGUUUUGUAGUUAAAUAUGUGAUGUGAGGCUAAAUAAAGUAGUAGCUUUACCCUAGAGUACAAAUUCGACAUGUAGCAAGCUAUGCAUACGCUGCGAAAAGAACGAGUAACGGCCUGAUAAUAAUGUUUUAAGUAUUCUUUUUAGAAAAGUAAUAAAAGUAUCAUUGAAUAUGAG